AUGUCUCACGCAGUGUUCCAAACAGCGCAAAUAAUGCCCGUGGCCCCUAUCACCAAAACCUUAUCAUCCAAACCCCGGUUACCAGCAGGCCUUCAAUGGUCUCCGGUGGCCUCGUCUAUCGCUGGUAAGCUCCGCAAGUCUUCUGUCACCAUAAAGGCCUCCUCAGCGGUGGUUGAUGGUGACGCUAUUGCUGCCCUUGAGCGGUGCUUUCAGGCUUCACCUGACGCAGAUGUUCCAUCGGCCUCGCCUUGGGGUUCAGUGGACUUCGGGCCGGUUAUGAAGGGCGGACAGUACGGUGCGUUAGGUGCGGUAACUUUAGAAAAAUCGAAGCUUGAUUUGACGCAAAAGCAAACCAAGUCUAGUCCUGAGCUUUCUACCGGGGGAGGAGGCGGAAAUAUGGGCAAGGGGCUUAGUCAUGGCGGUGGUGAUGGGGGUGAUGAUGGCGGCGAUGAUGAUGAUUACUUUGAUGACUUUGAUGAGGGCGAUGAGGGAGAUGAAGGUGGACUGUUUAGACGGCGUAUUGUUCUGCCAGAGUUGUUUGAUAGGAAAUUUAUUGAUGCUGUGUUGAAUGAGUGGCAAAAGACGAUGAUGGAUUUGCCUGCUGGAUUACGUCAAGCUUAUGAAAUGGGUUUGGUCAGCUCUGCUCAAAUGGUGAGAUUUCUGGCAAUCAAUGCCAGACCUACCACUGAGAGGUUCAUUUCCCGGGCUCUUCCCCAAGGAAUAUCUAGGGCUUUCAUUGGCAGGAUGAUUGCAGAUCCUGCCUUUUUAUACAGGCUGCUUCUUGAGCAGGCAACUACUAUUGGUUGCUCCGUUUGGUGGGAGAUCCAGAAUCGCAAAGAGAGGAUAAAGCAGGAAUGGGAUCUUGCGCUUAUCAACGUGCUUACAGUGACAGCUUGCAAUGCCAUGGUUGUUUGGUCCCUUGCUCCUUCUCGUUCAUACGGAAAUACAUUCCGUUUUGAUCUGCAGAACACCCUGCAAAAACUCCCAAAUAAUAUAUUUGAGAAGAGCUAUCCACUUAGAGAAUUUGACUUCCAGAAGAGACUUCAUUCUUUUUUCUACAAAGCUGCAGAGUUGUGUAUGGUGGGAUUCAUUGCCGGAGCUGCACAGGGUGCUGUGUCGAACCUCGUUGCCCAUAAAAAGGAGGGAAGGAUAUCUGUGACCAUUCCGUCUGUGAGCACCAAUGCGCUUGGUUAUGGAGCUUUCCUUGGCUUAUACGCAAAUUUACGAUAUCAAAUGCUGUGUGGUUUUGACAGAGCAGUUAUCAGCUACUUUGAUGUUAUUGGAGUAACUCUUUUCUUUAGCACAGCCCUGAGGGCACUGAAUGUUCAACUAGGAGAGACAUCAAGGUUGGCUUGGCUCGGGGUGGAGCUUGAUCCGUUGGCUCAUUCGGACGAUCUCUUGAAGAAGGCUUACAGUAGACCAGCUGAUGGAGUCAAUCAGUCUUCUUCAAAGUGGUUCAUAUCCAAGAACACUAUUGUUUCAGGGCUCGGUCUUCUUGGACUUAAACAAGGACAAAGUGACUCUACAAUGGAUGGUGAAGCCCCUCCCCCCAAGGCUCGGAGAAAGAGAAUUGUGAGGAAAAAGGUGGCAACAAGUUGA